CUCGCAGCCCUCGUGGCUAGCGUUGCCUCUGCGCAAACUCUCAACAUUCCCACUCCGGCUGGGAGCGUUGUUUCGCUCCCUGAGCCUUCUGUCAUCACUGGCAACGAAGACUUUGGCAACAAGGAGUUUGAUCGUGGUCAGCCGUGUGAUUCCGAUGAGGACACCGGAAGUGACAAUGCUGUUUUUAUUCUCGAAGACGGUGCAAGCAUAUCCAACGUGAUCAUCGGCGCAGACUCCCUCGAAGGCGUGCACUGCAAGGGCUCUUGCACACUCACCAAUGUCUGGUUCCGCGACGUCUGCGAAGACGCUAUCUCUAUCCUCGGCACCGGCGACGCUACCAUCGUUGGCGGCGGAGCCCAAGAAGCCAAAGACAAAGUCGUCCAGCACAACGGCGUCGGCACUGUCACCAUCAAGGACUUCACAAUCGUCAACGCGGGCAAGCUCUACCGCAGCUGCGGCGACUGCACGGACAACGAAGCCAAGUCCCCCCGCAAGGUCAUUGUCGAGAACGUCCGCGCCUACGGCGUCACCAGCGACUUGAUUGGCAUCAACUCGAACUUCGGUGACACUGCUUCGAUCACUGGGUCAUGCGGUACCACUAAGACGGUUUGCCGGGAGUACAAGGGAGUCAACAAGGGCGACGGCGACAGCGAGAAGCUUGAUACGAAGGACAGCUGUGGCGGGGACCAAGGCAAGCUGGAGAAAUUGCCUGAGUGC